UGACAUUCUAUACAACUUUCUAGACGACAUUCGUUGCUUGGGAGCCGUUACUUGGUCACGGCAUGCGUCUCCAUAAGCUAAGGCUUUCAAGAACCAAACGAAGCGGCGGAUGAGGACGGAACCUUGCCGAAGUGACCCGCCACCGCGCUAUAACGAUCAUCGGUCAUGGUUGAGUCGAUUUUAUCAUCCUUUCGGAACUUCAAUCCCUAUGACCAACAUCGAUCAAUCCGAACAGCAAUACCCUGGUAAUUAGAGCUAUCAACAUCUCCCCGGUAACCCUUAGCGGACGCAGCAAGUGCAGAUCAGUCGGUGGUGUGUCCAACCGCUUUUAUCGCCAAAUGGCGGACGUAGAACCCAAGAAAGGUGGAAUUCGCGCCAUGUUUGGAAUGCGAUCGAACAAGGAGCCCGGAGCUAGGAAGAAGCUGUCCAAGAAAGGCUCGGCGAGCAACCCCAGGAUUCAAAGGUUCGAUUCAGCGCCGAAUCCCGAGCGUCAGGUAUCGUGUAGUUUCACAAACCCAAGCAUCGAACUGAGCAUAGAGGAAUCGCUUCUCCCCACGUAUGAGGAUGCCGCCGCCCUUACACCUCACGGUUUUCGAGAUUAUCCUUAUGCUGCAGCAAGUCCUGUGACCACCAGCAACCACACCUAUCUUCAGCCAGUUCCGCAAUCAGCCGAGUACCGCCGUAACUCAGAAGGACAACAACAGUAUGCUGCACCGUUGUAUAAUGCGCAAAGCUCCAGGUCAGCUUCACUUCCGCAGUUUCAGGAUGUUCACAUGAAUGGAAAUGCUCCACCAGUCCCGGUAGCAAGAGCACCGCCUGCCAAAUUGAGCAAAGCUCAUCGGGCGCCUUCGCGUACCGAUGACAUCCUUGAUAAAGACACUGGCGAAAGAAAGGAUUUGACGGAAAUGAUGCAUGCCUUCACGUUCAAUGAGGAACUGGACAUGAUCGACGAAAAGUUUGAUAGCACAUCGCUAGACUACGAUCCUUCGAAGCCUGACGGAACUGCAGUUCUAGGCAGCGCAUCCCCUGAGAUCUGGCUCCGCAUUGCCGACUUCUUAUCACCCUUGGAUGUUGCCAAUCUGUCCUCUACGUGCCGGACGGUAUCCACUCGCCUUGGUCGACAUCCUUACAGGCUGCUCUUGGACCCCAUAAAUCGCUAUGAUCGGCUCAACUUCCUUCUAGCCAUGGACCAAAAGCUCCCACGGCAUCUUCUUUGCUUUCCAUGCGCUCAGUGGCACCUACGGAUACAGCCAGGCUUAGAAACACUAAAACCACACAAUGUUCUUAAUCCACUCUUCGAAUGUCCCAAUCGCACGAACAUCCACCUACCGCCACCACGGACACGGAUAACUGACGGUCGCACGCUGCCUUUUGCCUUCAUACAACUUGUCAGGCGAUCUUGGGCUUUUGGCCCCGAAUUCGGCAUUGAUCACCAGUCGCUUGCACGAAGGUGGAAGGACCCAUACUCUGACUGGACUCACGAGAGCAAGUACCACGUUACUAAUAAAGGUCAUGUUCUUAUGCGAGUAAAGUCUCAACAUUACGUUGAGGGCGGAAUGAAAGACGCAGCAAAACGUCUGCUACUCUUCAGCAGAAGCGACUAUACACCGUACUUUAGCGUGUGCUCCCAUUGGAAACACGGGAUACUCACAUCGAUUCCCAAAUGCGCUUUGGAUCACAUCCCAUUCUCUGCCACCUCUGAACACUACGCUAUUACUCAGCACCGCAAGAAAUCCACUGGCCUCGUCAGCCUCUGCAGUCAAUGCAGACCGAUGCGUCGCUGCCCGCAGUGUCCCACCGAAUACCUGUUCGAGUUGAAGUUCUUGGAAGAUAAAAAUGUAAGGGGCCACGGCCCAGAGCGGUUCAAACAAGCUAUGCUCGUUACACGGUGGAGUGAUUUGGGUCCUGCGCGCAGUCCGGCGGAUGCCGAGUGGAGUGCGAUUGUUGGGGAGAAUGAGAAGUAUGAUAGCUUCGCCGAGAUUGGGAGGCGAGCUGUGAGCGGCGUGUUCGAAAGUGCUUUCACCGACACCGUACCCGGUCAGCGUAUUCUGUCAACGAACCCCAUGAAGGUUAAGGCGGACGACAUUGGAGGCGCCUGGUACUGAGCUUACAAAGAUAUCAAGCAGGCUUUUGCAUGGACUAGGAAGCAGACAUGUCUGAACGCUUUGAGGCUUACGAGAAUUGUAUAUCAAGACUAAAGAAUGAGCCCUGUUCGAUACCGACCAAAUGCAUGCGUUUAGCGGCAAACGAACAACAUCAAUUACCUGUCAUGCUAAGGCGCCCGUACUACCUUCCGACCUGUAACUUCGUACCGCUGUAGCUCUUGAAUAAUCUUGGGCGAGUCGGCGAAGUCGUAUACUUCGAUCUUGGGUGUGAUCUUCCCUUCCAGAGCCAGCUGAAGUAGCUCGUCCAUCUGCGCUGAUGUGCCGGUUGACGAGCCUUUGAUUACGAGACCUGCAGUUGUCAGCGUGUCCCCUGUAAUACCGGAUGCUGGAAUAUACCUCUAUUUGCGAUAUGAAUCGGACUCAUAGGGAACAUGAAGGUGUCUGGCGGCAAUCCUACACAGACGAAAACGCCACUAUUCCUCGCCAGUUCUG